AUGGCUUACGACCCCUUGAAGGACCCUGAUACGUUCAAGUCCUUCGACGUGCAUAAGGAUCAGGCUGAGCAUGCUAGCGAGGCUUCCUCAUCCUCCAAACCACGCCCGUAUGCACCAACAUGGCGCGUCUCAGAGCCUAAGAGCGUCGCCGUCCCCAUUACCUCUGACGAGAUCGAGCAGUUCAAGCGACGCUCGCGCAACCCUCUACGUGAUGAUACGCAGGAAUUUCAGCUCCCUGUACGUCGUAAGCGCCAGGACUCGGAAACAGGUGACUCAAGCAUGGUAGCCAUGCACUACAAUCAGCGUCGCGAAGUGGGCCGCGACGCGCGUGAGUACUCGCCGAUCAUUCCCCUGAAACGCUUUAACAACUGGAUCAAGUCGGCCCUCAUUGCUAUGUAUGCACACUCCUCAGGUACACGAGGAAAAGGUGGGCGGGUCCUGGAUUUGGGGUGUGGGAAAGGCGGCGAUCUGCGCAAAUGGGAUCGUCAGCGACCGGCUCAUAUGGUCAUGAUCGAUUUGGCUACGAUUUCGGUCGAACAAGCCCAAGAUCGCUACAAAGAAGGGAACUACCGCUGGCCUGCCGAUUUCUUCACCUUCGAUUGCUUCCGCCGACCCCUCCAAGACGUGGUGCCGAUGGCGCUCCUAGAGCCUAAAUUCGAUACAGUCACCAUGCAAUUUUGCCUUCAUUACGGUUGGGAUACCGAGGAAAGCGCACGUACCAUGCUCUCCAAUGUAUCCAAAUGGCUUCGCCCAGGUGGUACAUUUAUUGGUACCAUCCCUGACGAGGAAACGCUUUUUGCACGCUUGGACGCGCAGCCAGAAGUCACAGAUUUGUCUUUUGGGAACGAAAAUUAUCGCAUCGAAUUUGAGGAGCGGCAUGAGUCGGGUGAGAAACCGUUUGGCAACAAGUACCGCUUCUGGCUCGAAGAUGCUGUGGAUGAUGUGCCUGAGUACGUCGUAGAUUGGGCAACGUUUGAGAGACUCGCGAAAGAAUACGGCAUGCAGCUCAUCUAUAAGGCACGCUUCGACCAAAUUUUAAGUGAUGGGUAUGCGAACAAAAACCUACGACAGCUACUUGAGCGAAUGCAAGUCAUUGACCCCAACAUGGCAGCAGCAGGUAUUGUCACGCCCGCUAUGCCGCCUGCCAUGUGGGAAGCCUGCAGUAUGUACAUGGAUACUGACUCGACAGCAUUGUACCUAGGCUUUGCCUUUGAAAGGAUCGUGACGGAUGAUGAUCCUUAG